UUGUAGAGGUGGAGAUGGAUGAUGCAGCGAUGGAACCCGGCUUCCUUUUUUAAGAAUCAGUGAGAGCGAAGGGAACAGAGCUGCUUUAUUUUAGGGAGAGUUUGUCGCACUCCCCCUCCUGCGUGUAGGUAGUGUCUGGGGUGUUUGCACCCUGCUUGCGGACCCCAUGGAGAGGCGCAGGCGGCGGCAGCUGGGGCUCCUUUCGUGGCUGCAGCCCGCAGUAACCCGACCCCGCCAGUGCAGAGACUGAAGAGGCUCGGGAGAGAGCGGAGCUUCGAACAAAAGCCCUCAGCGCGGGGCCGGAGCCCGGGACGUGGGAGACUUCAACAAAGGACGAGGCUCAGCCAUGGUGGACCCAGUGCCUGAAGAGGAGAAGGAGGGAGCCGAGCCCGGAGGCUCGGAAGGGGACGGGGCCACCGCGUCUGUGCCCCCUGACGCCCAGCAGCCCGCAGCUUCCUCUGCCUCGGCCUCCGCGGCGGUGCCGCACAAGGCAGAAGUCCCUGGCUCAGCAGAAGGAGGACGACGGGAGCAGUCCCCGAUGCUGCACCUCGACCUCUUCAACUUCGACUGUCCCGAGGCUGAGGGCAGCCGCUACGUGCUGACCAGCCCCCGCUCGCUAGAGGCCUGCGCCCGCUGUGCUGUCAAGCCCGUGGAGCUGCUGCCACGGGCCUUGGCUGACCUAGUGCGCGAGGCCCCUGGCCGCUCCAUGCGGGUGGCCACUGGCCUGUACGAGGCGUACGAGGCGGAGCGGCGCUCCAAAUUACAGCAGUGCCGGGCCGAGCGCGAGCGAAUCGUACGCGAAGAGAAGCGGCGCCUCUUCACGCCGUUGGGCCCCGCGGCUGCAGCCGCGGCCGCGGCCUCAGCAUCAGCCCCAGCUCAGAGCGCGGGUAGCAGCAGCAGUUGCAGCAGCACCAGCCUCCCCGCGUCACCCGCACCGCGUGCCGCCCGCAAGGCCUCUCCCAGUCCUUCCUCUGUUCGGACCCAACCUCCUCCCGCAGGUUCUCAGACAGGAAGAAAGAGCCACUCGCUGGAUUCUCUGUCCCGCCGGCGUGACGGUGCUCUCAGCUCCGAGUCCGGUGCAUCGUCGUCCUCCUACAGCGGGGAGAGCCUUCGAGAACUUCGCUGGCCGCCCCGGGCCUCAGCCAGGAACAGCUGCCCGGCAGGGUCAGCGUCCUCUGUCUCCAACCCUUUGGGCCGUCCUUCGGCGCUUACCCUGGUUCCACUUACAGGCCGAAGCUUCAGCCUUGGCGACCUGAGCCACUCUCCGCAGACUGCUCAGCACGUGGAGCGCAUCGUACGCCAAGUGCGCGCCGAGCGAGGCCUGCGCGGGGUGCCAGAACGGGACCGGAAGAUCGCUGCGCUCAUGCUGGCGCGGCACCAAGAGGAGCGCCUGUUGCUGGAGCAGCGCGCCGCAGCCCACGGCCAGUGGGAGCAGCAGCGCGUGCGUGCCGAGCAGCGGCGGGAGCGGGAGGAGCGCGAGAAGCAGCGCGCCCUAGAGCAAGGCCGCCGGGCCUGGGCUGCGCAGGUGGAGGAGCGACGCGGCCGCCGGGGCCGCGAGGAGCGUGAGGCAGCUCGACGGCGACAACAGCAGUGCGAACGCAGCGAGGAACGACGGCGGGAGCUGGCCGAGCGCCAGGGCCUACUGCGGCGGGAGCGGGUGGAGCGCGCCGCUCGGGAGGACCGGCUGCGUAAGCUGCAGCAGGAACAGAACCUGAAGCAGCGGGAAGAGGGCCUGCAGGAAGGGCGCGAGCGGGCUGAACAGGUCCGCAGGGAGCGCGCCCAGCGAGCAGCCCGCGCCAAGCAGCGGCAGGAGGGCCAGCUGCAGCGCGAGAAGCGGGAGUUGAGUCGUGCAGAACGAGCGCGACACGAGGCGUUGUUGCGGGGUCGAGCCCGGCAGCAGCAUGAAGAUCGAGAGGGCCUGCGGAGCUCCCUGGAGGCCAGCUUGGGCCGCGCGCAGGAAAACUAUGAGCAAUUGGUGGAACAGCGUACCCGGGAGCUGAGGGAGAGGGCCCGGAAGGAGGAGUUGCAAAGCCGGCGAGCCAAGGAAGCCGCAGAACGCAAAGAGCGGGAACAUCAGGCUCACCUGGAGGCCCUGGCUAGGGCCGGGGAACGACGGCUGCAGCACGCCGCGCAGGUGGCCGAAGAGGCAGUGCAGCAAAAGGCCCGGCGCGUGGGCCAGACCCGGUUGGAGAAAGAACGGGCCCAGCGCGCUAACAAGGAGAAGGUAGAGAGAGACGAAGACUGCCGCCGGAGGGAGCUGCUCCAAGCAAUUGGGCGGAAGCUGGAGCGCAGCGAGCAGCUGACGCGGGAACGACGAAGUGCGCUGGAAAGUGCUCGCUCCACAGCCCGCGCCUCCUUCCACGUGCGUGAGAAGGUGCGAGAGGAAACCAACACACGCUCCUUCGACCGAAUGGUGCGGGAGGCCCAACUACACGCCAGCCUCGACCGCAAAUGAUUGCUGCGCUGCGCUGGCCAGACUGGCACAGAAUCCCAGGGCGGAACUCCAGGGCCAGCACCAUGAACUCCCUAGGCUUCUGGCCAACGAAGCAAUGAAAGGACAGACAUGGAACUUUUCAUUCUGCACUGUUUUUUAAAAAAAUUUACUUCGUUUGGAGAUGCCGUGGCACAGUCUUUGCCUACAUCCACCCUUGCCAAACCUCUCUAUGUCUUUUGGGUUGGAAUAGAGUGUAGCUGCGUAGGAAGCUCUUCACCCCUCAAGAGCAUGGAGGGGGACACCCCUUCAAUCGCAGUUGCCCAAGGCAUCUUUCUAAUACUGGUGUCUGAGAAGGCUUUCAGUUGCACCAGCUGAGGGGCAUCAGGAUUACCUCCGUCUUUCAAAAUAUGGCACAUUGCACAAAGCUUGGAGGCCUGCCAGAAAAGCACAGCACUUCCAAGGUGUCAGGCCAUGCACAAAGUGAACCAGAAAAUCAUUGGUGUUUUGUAUGCUUGACUAUCAAUCCGUCACCAGAGCAAAUUGUAUUAUUAGCUCUGAUACUUUUUCAGUUGAGUCCCUUAGGUUUUCUAGUUAGACAAUCAUCCACAGAUAAUGAUCAAUUUGUCUCUUUCUCAUUCUCCCAAGGGGCACAGAAAUGGAUUGGUUUGGUGAUGCUGUUAAGCUUUAAUGGAAAUCCUGGGCCCAGGAGGUGGUGGUUUCCUCAGGCAACACUGUCUACCCAUGAAGCUCCUUGCAGGAUGGUUUGGGGUGGGCAGUGGUGUUUGAUGCUCACCUCCCAGUGUGAAGCCCAUGCCUGGCAGACAGCAGCCAUGCCUUAAGCAGAGCUACCUUAUGUGCCUGCCCAGGCCGUUCUUGCCUAAAUCUUCAGCCCUGGAUGCAGUCUCAAGGGCCCCAGAGUUUGGAGUUAGGGAUUCCCUCUGUGAAGGAAUCAGCUCCACCACUCUGAAGACAAUUAUGGUAUCCUUGGCUGCUGUCCUGUGGUGGCUGAAGAGCUAGACUUGUCUCUGUUGAAAGUUGUGCUCACUAUUGUUGGUAGAGUCUCACCCCCUCCCUUCCCAGGAAAAAAGAGAGUCUCUCCCUUAAAUUUCUGGUACCUUCUCAAGUAUGACUGAAAGUAUUUAAUUUAUCUCUUGGUGCCUCACCUUUCCUAACUGCCAGAUGGGGCCAUCAGAACUCUUCUGGUACCUCAUGGUCUCCUGGAUCCAAAGCUCGGCUUCAGUAUUAUUUGUUGGACAUCUUUGUGCCUUUCUUGACCUGGAGUUGGGAGGCAGGAGGACUGCUGUGAGCCUAGUUUGUUUCUGGGAAUAUGGAUUCCUGGCAUUGGAAGGGGCAGUACAUCAUGGACAGAUGGUCUUUUAGCCUCUAGCAGGAAGUACUUGCAAUACCAGGCCACACCCUGGUCCAAAAGGCUCAGUUAUCACCAGGCAAUUUUAACCCUCAGAGCGCUUUCCUUCCAUGAAGCUGAAAUUGCCCCUGCUAUAUCCAUCCAUUGACUCUGCCUUCAUCAGGGAAGGUGGGAAGUAAAACAUUACUUUUUACAUUAACUCAAGGUCAGGAAAUAAAGAAAUUACCAAAAAAGAAGAAGGAAUCAGGGUAGAGAACUAUUACAUUAGACAUUUUCAUGCAUAUUCUGCUGGGCAGAACUGACCCUAAAAUGGCUGGUUACAUAUGCACUCACUCACACGUACUUUGCCAACCCACCACCCCACUCCAUUACAUGCUAACAAAUACAAGAGUAUCGUAUUAUGUGGAAGGAAACAGUGGUUAGGUGUUUCAAUUGAGACGGUGAUGCCAGGAAAGGAGCUGUGUGCCGAGGUUUAGUUCUUGAAUGGAUGAAUUUUUCCCUUAAAAUUUCUCCUUGUUGGUUACCAGGUUGUUAGUGAAUUGUAAUCAUUGGUAUUGUCUGUGAGUCAGAUAUUUAACUAAAAAGUUAAUGUGAUUCUGGUUCCUACCUUGUGGUUCUUGAGUUGCUAAAGGUUUUCUGAAACCUUCAUAGAAAGUGUGGAACUUUGAAGUGGCCUCAAAACCACUUACUUUAGUGUAUGUGCUUUCAUAUAAGGGGACAAUCUGGUUUUGUUUUGUUUUUUUGACAAGUUACUAAUGUACAUGGGUGAUCCUACCUGGUUCUGAGCCCAGUUUGUUUUCUGACUUACUGAGUGACUUCAGGUAGAUCACCUUUCUUUCUAUGUCUUGGUUCCCUCAUCUGCAGAAUGGGGAUCAUGAUUCCUUCCCUCCCUUUCACACAAGCACUGUGAGGAUGAAUCAGAAUCCACAUGACCUUCACAGUUCUAUCACUCUAGAACUGCAGGCACAAUUGCUAUAAACAGUAAGGGUCAUGUGACCAUAAUAUAAUUAGAGUAUAAUGUGCAACUGUGACCUAUUAUAGAAGGAAUGGCCUUGGAAGGCACAUUGCAGAUGAUAGUGUCACAUAUGGUGUGAAGGCUCAGGCCCAAAUGUCACCAUGAGAGAUUUGUGCCGGACACGGUGGUGCACACCUGUAAUCCCAGUGAUUCAGAGGCUGAGGCAGGAGGAUCGAAUGUUUGAGACCAGCCUCAGCAACUUAGGCUCUAAGAAACUUAGUGAGACCCUGUCUCAAAAAGGGCUGGGGAUGUGGCUCAGUGGUUAAGCACCCCUGGGUUCAAUUAUCAGUAUUAAAAAGGGGGGGGGGGAGAUUUGCACUAAGAAUCACCGUUAAAGACAAAAAGCCCCUUUGAAUUCUUAAAAAAAAAAUUCAUAUAGCUAAGUAAAAUUCAAGCAAAAUUAGAAGCCAAACCUAGUGGCAAUAUGGAACGGUCUCUCCAAAUUCCAGACCAUUCACUAAAAUAUAGACCCACCUCUGUUUUCUAGGGAAAUGUUCAUGGUACUUUCUAAAGAGGAACGGUUUUUAGAAUCUGUUGGGCCUUUAAUUUAUAUUCUUUUCUUUGAAAUGAUGCCAGAGAGAAAAGAUUGUUUCGUAUUCUAAAAUAUGGCAAGAGAACAUGGGAGGGGCCAUGGAUGGUGGGUAGGAAACAGCCCCCUGAUGUGUAUUCUACGGGGCAGUACAGGAUUCUCACAAGUCUCCAGAACUGGGCAGAAAGAGCCAUGCUGGAAGUUUUCUUAUUAUCCAAGGGAUUGCAGCCUGGAAGUGGCCACAGACCUUCACAUUUACCUUGUUCAAAAAAGAGAGAAUGUGAAGGAGUUGGGGGGUGGGGGGAGGAGUGGAAAGGGUUGGAAGAAGCUUUAGUUUGGUUGGUUACCAGGGAAACAGGACAAAACCAUUUAAGAUGAAAUCAUUGGUGAAAUUAGUCCAAUGUCCUUCUCAUGCAGUGACCAAUGCCCAUACCACAACUGGACAGGAAAAUGGAAAAUUCCUUGUAAGCACAGAGAUCCUGGGCUUUCAACAGGGCAGCAAGGAGGAUUUGCCAACAGCGAAGAAGAGUCUGUGGGGUGGUGAAGAUAGGUGAAUUUCUUAGUCCCUUUUGUGUUGCUAAAACAAGAUAACCGGGGCUGGGUAAUUUGUAAAUAAAGGGUUUAUUUAGCUCACAGAUGUGGAGGUACCAGCAUCUGGCUUCUGGUGAGGACUUGGUGGAGAAGGACAUUCCAUGGUAGAGGCUCAUGAGAGAGGUCACAUGGCAAGACAAGAAGCAGGAAACUGGGGAGGAGCCAGAUGUGGGUAUUUUGGAAAGGUAUAUGAAUGAUUCUACCUGACCCUUAACCCAGUUUGUUUUCUGACUUAUUAUGUAAUUUUGGGUAAAUCACUUUCUAUGCCUUGGUUUUCCCUACCUACAGAAUGGGGAUCAUGAGUCCUCCCCUCCCAGUCCAUUCCUACAAGACCCAAUGCAUUCUGCAAGACCAGCACUAGUUCAUUCAUGAGGGCGGAGUCCUGAUGACUGAUUACUUUCCUUUAGGCCCCACCUCUUAAGGGCUCCUUCACCUCAGCAUCAUCACACUGGGGACCAAGGUUCCAACACACAAACUUGGGGGCAAACCUUACUCAAGCUGUAGCAAUGAGGAUUCAGUUUGGCUGGGUGCAGUGGCACACACCUGUAAUCCCAGUGGCUCAGGAGGCUGAGGCAGGAGGAUGGCGAGUUCAACGCCAGCCUCAGCAAAAACCAGGCACUAAGCAACUCAGUGAGACCCUGUCUCUCAAUAAAAUACAAAAUAGGGCUGGGGAUGUGGCUCAGUGGUCGAGUGACCCCGAGUUCAAUCCUUGGUACAAAAAAAAGAAGAAGAAUGCAGUUAGUGUCAGGUCAUUCUGUAAAGUCUGCCUCUUAACUCCUCUCCUUUAAACACUGCCAGGCAAGUGUUCUACAUCUCCAGCUCCUUUCUUUCCUUUUUUUUUUUUUUCCUGUAGUGCUGGAGAUUGAACCUAUCACACAUGCUAGGAAGAUGCUCUACCAUUGAGCUACACCCCAUCCCUUUUUAUUUUUUAUUUUUUGGUACUGAGGUUUGAACUCAGGGGUGCUUAACCACUGAGCAACACUCCCAGCCCCCCCCCCCUUUUAAACAUUCAUUUUUUAGAUGUAGAUGGACACAACACAAUGCCUUUAUUUUUAUGUGGUGCUGAGGAUCCAACCCGGGUCCCGCCGGUGCUAGGGGAGCGCUCUACCACAAGCCCAGCCCCUCCAAGCCCUUUUUAAAAAUUUUUAUUUUGACAGGGUCUUCCUAAGAUGCUUAGGGCCUAAAUUGUUGAGAUUGGUCUUGGACUUGCGAUCCUCCUGCCUUAGCUUCCUGAGUCUCUGGGAUUACAGGCAUGCACCACUACACCAAACUUUGUUUAUUUUGUUUUAAUUUAUUUUGGUACCGGUACCCAGGCACUCAACCACUGAGCCACAUCCCCAGCUCUAUUUUGUAUCUAUUGAGAGACAGGGUCUCACUGAGUUGCUUAGUGCCUUGCUUUCACUGAGGCUGGCUUUGAACUUGUGAUCCUCCUGCCUCAGCCUCCCAAGCCACUGGGAUUACAGGUGUGUGCCACAGUGCCCAGCUUUAUUUUUUAAUUUUGAGACAGGGUCUCAUUUAGCUGUCAGCCUGGGCUUCAAACUUGCCAUCCUCCUGCCUAAGCCUCCAGAGUAGGUAGGAUUAACAGGUGUGCGCCACUGCACCUGGCCAAGGCACUGCUCUUGAUGCUGGUGAAUAGAAACUUUCUGAUCAUUGACCCUGGUGAUCAUUUGUGUUGCAAUGCCAUGGCAGAUGUCUGUUUCCCCAUUGGGUUUACCACCCUCCCACCUGGUGUCCUUCCCACCUGGUGGCUAUCAGGCAGACCUGAUGGUCCCUUGAGGCACUCACUUCAAGCCCUUUCAGUCUCCUGGGGACAAGCCAUCUGCCAAUCAACCAUGUCUAAUCACUGUUGCUCUCUUUUCCUUCAGAGGAGCCUUGGUUAAUCAGGUCAAAUUUGUAAUGUCAUGUACUUAAACAGCUUUGAAUUACAGUAGAGGGGGGGGGAAGGGAAAGUAAGUAUUAUCUGUCAUGCCUUUUAGGGAAGAAGCACAAAUAAUGAUUGUGGACCUAGAAAACAGCCUCAGGCCAGGCAGAGUCCCAAUUCACCAAACAGGGUAUUGCUCAGUCAACUGCUGCUCUUACCAAGAGAAAAAAGUCAGCAUUUCAGAAGCAUUUCCCAUUGAAAAGUCCCAACAAAUCAAAACAUCCCACUUCUUAAGGCUUCUAAGUCAUUGACGCUACACAGAGGUUGCUGUGUAGACCUGCUUGCACCCCGCCCCCUGCCGUGUGACUCCACCUCCACCCUGCCUGUCCUGGAGGAGCACAGGGAAACUUGGUGUUUCUUGGCCCAGCCUGGAAAGGAGCUUUCAGGGACCCAGCAGCAGACAACCCUUGAUUCUACAAAUGUUGUUUCAGCUUUUAAUGUGGCACAUUUGAAUGUGAGUGUCUCCUGUGGCCUGAGUGUGACACCUAGUCACAUUUUGGUUCUGUGUGUCUUUAGAGGAGAGCACCUCAUUGACUCAGUCUGUGCUGUUUCAUGGAGUUCUCUGGUGUCCUCUCUACAUGUACCCCCUCUCUGCCCAACAUCUCCCCAACAAGCCCCCCACUCUUCACUUCUAUUCCUGAUGCUGCUUUGGUUUCCAAUAGGAAUCCCAAAUGGGGAUGAGACAGAAGCUAGAAUUAGUAGCAGGUAUUAGAAUAUGGGAUGGGGAUGGUUUCCUUCUGAGGAACACAGAAAACAUCAUCCUUGGCAGGGUUAGUAGUUCUCCACAUACGACACACAGUCAUGUCCUUCAUGAGCACCAAAACCUAGUCCCAUUUAAAUUAGCUGUCAUUUUGAAGUGCUUAUGUCUUACUUCCUCUCCACUGACACAGUAUCAAUAACACGUUUUUGCCUCAGAUACUUGCACAGUUCACAGGACUAUCAGAAAGACGAUUCACAUCUUCCAUGUCUAAGCAUGUAUGUGCAUGCCCACGUUCCUACCAACCCCAGCAUCAGCAUUUCAUAGUCCUCUCACUCUUCCAGGGAAGGGUAAGCUCUGGAAAAACUGAGCUGCUCUUUGGUGGGGGUCCAUUGAUUCCAUGUACCUCCAGCAGGCUGAAGGCUUCCACUGGAAGGCUGCAUUAGGCCCAAGUCUAAACAUGGUGUCUGCAUGUCCCAAAUCCAUCACUGAGCCUCACAAGUGAUAAAGGAUUUUCACGUUGCCACUACACUUGACUUUCCCAGCAUGUUCUCUCACUUAGUGUGAGAGAUUGGCUGGGAAAUGGGAUUUAGGUACCCAAAUGUUGACAAUCUAGAACAGUAAUUGUCCGUUGUGAGUGUGAAAACAGUAAUUUUCGGUGUCACAGAAUGACUGGCAUUCAUAAAGAUCUGAAGAUCCAGCUUAUGUGGUCUUCACACCAAGGCAAGGAGAUUGCCAAGGGAACAAGUGUCUUCAUUUAUUCUAGCAAUUCUGUACUCUUGUACAUGUCCCUUUGUCAUCUAUAAAAUUAAGACAUCUAUAAAAUUAAGGGAGUUGUUAAAUCAGUGAAUGGUUAGAAAACAGUGGCACAGUCUCUGGCAACUAGCACUCAAUUCAUGGAUACUAUUAUCUGACUAGGAAAGGUGGUAAAGAAAGGAAUGGGGUAGUACUGGUGGACACCAGGCUUAGAUGGUAGCCCUUCUGGGGUUGUGGGUAUCCUUCCCUAUGUGGCAACAUUCCAAGGAAGGUGUAACAUCUCAAGGAAUGUUUGGGACCCCAAACAUUCCAAGGAAGGUGCUUUGGAAUAAUGGUUCCCCUGGGAGUUGUCUGGGAUGGUGGG